CCCACACGUCACCCAGUGACAUUUCUUCGCUGUCACUUGUUCGGUUUUAAAACAUUCCCGUGCCUCUAGUUUUUAAGCUGUUCUCAUUCGUAUAAAAUCAAAUAAUAAUUAAGAAGAUGGACACACUGUAUCACCAAACGAACCGAGUAAUCCAAGAGAUACAACAGCAUUUUCAACUCCUCAACAGUCCACAGGCUAACGAGUUAGAAGUGGCCAACCAGAUCCAGACCAAAAUCGUAUCAGUGAAGGCUAAUUGCGACCGCCUUGAUGUGCUCUUAUUCAAAGUCCCAGUGUCACAAAGACCGAAUGCGAAGAUGCGGGUGGAUCAGCUGAAAUAUGACGUCCGGCACUUGGAGAACGCCCUGAAUAUGUGGCAGCAGAAAAAACAAAAGCGCGAAAUGGAGGCGAGUGCCCGCGAGCAGCUGCUCAAUCGCCGGUUCACCUCCAAUCAGGAGACAGCCAUCGAUUUAGCCGAUGCCGCGUUGGAUCAUAACAAUUCCUUGAUGAAUGCCCAUCAGGGCGUGGACGAAAUGAUGUUCACCGGCAGCAGCAUCCUGGAUAGUCUGAGGAGUCAACGAGAGACGUUAAAGGGCGCGCGGAAGCGAAUUUUGGAUAUUGGGAACACCCUUGGACUGUCGAAUCACACAAUGCGCCUCAUUGAAAAACGUUUAUCUGAGGAUAAAUAUAUUUUGUACGGAGGAAUGUUUGUGACGUUGCUUGUUAUUGUCCUUAUCAUCUACUUUUUUGUCUUCUGAUCACGAAAGUGUCGAAAGUAUCUCUUGUUAUAUCUCGGUAUGCUUAUUGCGAAUAAAAGUCCUUUUUGAAUGGAA